GUUCAUUGUAUGGGUGGCAUAACUGUCACCACAAUUGCAUGAUCCACGCCCAUCACAUUUCAUUUGCAAAUCGCCCCAAAUCCAGUUCGCAGAAAGUAAACCAUCCGCCAUGGAAGCUCUGAGAGCUCCCUCCCCUGUUUAUCCACCUUCACGUAUCAGAACCCAAUUGCCGAAACCCAUUUUCAAUCUUUCAUUUACUCACAAAACCCCCAAUUCACCCUCACCCAAUCUAACCCAAUUUACAAAACCCAAAUUCAAAACCUUCACUACCAUUUCUCCAUCUGUUUCAACCGAACCCACAUCCCCACCUGAAGAAGAAACCGAAACUCUUGAACAAGAUGAAAAAUUCGACUGGUUUUCUCAGUGGUACGCGCUCAUGCCUGUGUGUGAUCUGGACAAGAGGGCGCCCCAUGGGAAGAAGGUGCUAGGUCUCGAUGUUGUUAUCUGGUGGGAUAAGAACGAUAAUGAAUGGAAGGUGUUCGACGAUAGUUGUCCACACAGAUUGGCUCCACUUUCCGAAGGAAGGAUCGAUCAAUGGGGAAGGCUGCAGUGCGUCUACCAUGGCUGGUGCUUCGGCGGCUCCGGCGACUGCAAAUUUAUCCCUCAAGCUCCCCCUGAUGGUCCUCCGGUUCAUACGUUCCAAAAAGCAUGUGUAGCGGUUUAUCCAAGCGUUGUUCAAAACGGAAUUGUUUGGUUUUGGCCUAAUACUGAUCCUGAAUACAAAGAUAUCCUCACGAAGAAGAAACCUCCAUACAUUCCUCAACUCGACGAUCCUUCAUUUACAUUCCAAAUGUUUAACAGAGAUAUACCAUAUGGGUACGAAAUCUUGAUUGAAAACCUCAUGGAUCCCGCUCAUAUUCUGCCAUUUUUGAUAAUCAUCCACCUAACACAAGUUUUCUUUUUCUUCACUGUUAAGCAAGAUCGGGAAGGGGGAAGACCUCUUGAAAUAAACGUAAACAAAAUCGACAAAAAUGGUUUCACUGCAAGUCAACAAAAUGGUCAAUGGAAAUUUGUUCCUCCUUGUUUGUUUUAUGGAACUGUAACAAUGGGGGGAAGUCCAGAUAACACAAAGGGGCAAUUAAGUCAAAAGCCACCUCGACAAGUACUUUUGAUCUUUAUAUGUAUGCCAGUGAGUCCUGGAAAUAGCAGAAUUAUCUUUAUUUCGCCUAGAAACUUUGGUGUUUGGAUCGAUAAAAUUGUUGCAAGAUGGAUGUAUCAUAUUGGGCAGAAUUUGAUUAUUGAUUCUGAUUUGUAUCUUCUUCAUGUUGAGGAAAAGAAAGUGAUGGAAGCUGGAUCUUCUAAUUGGAAUAAAAUAUGUUUUGUUCCAACAAAAGCAGAUGCAAAUGUGGUUGCAUUUAGAAAGUGGCUAAAUAAGUAUGCAGAUGGAAAAAUCGAUUGGGGAAACAAAUUUAAUGGAUCUCUUCCACCAACUCCCGCUAGAGAACAACUCAUGGAUAGGUAUUGGAGCCAUGUGGUGAAUUGCACGAGUUGUAAUUCGGCAUACAAAGGUCUUAAUGCACUUGAGGUGUCACUUCAAGUGUUUUCACUUGCUUCAAUUGCUAUUGUGGCUGCUACUAAACAAGGGAUGAUAUCGGUUGUAGCAAGGAAUACACUUGUUGUUGUUGCUAUUUUGUGCUUUGUGGGAUCAAAAUGGUUGUCUCAUUUUAUCCACAAAAACUUUCAUUAUCAUGAUUAUAAUCAUGCCUAUCGUUGAGAGUUGUUGUUUUGAGGAUUAUACUUGGUUUUAUGGAGCUUGUUAUUGUGCCCAUGGUUGUAUGUAGUGAUAAUAACAAAGACACGAUACAUUGAUAUCGUUUAUAGUGAAUACGUAUAAAUUAAGUCUACUCCU